AUGAAGCUGCUACCAUCUCUGCCAUGCACGCUUUACGCGAGUCGAGUAUCAGGAUGUUGUAGAGAUAUCCAAUUGACGUCUACUACUAUCUGUCGCUCCUCCUUCAUACUUCCUCCUUUAUCAUCUCCUCGCAGCUCUCGACGACAAGUCAGUUCGAGUCCCUUUGGCAAAGGUUCUAUUCAACGACAACGACGAUGGCUACCUGUUCCAUCCGGCAGCAGAAAUCUCUACACAAACGCAGCGGUGGAUGUAAAGGACACUCCGGAAAGCCGGAACAGGAAGAAGGAGCAGGAGCCGAGUAAUACUACCAACAAUCGAGACCAACAAGAUGAAGACGCUUCCAGUCUCUCCCACAAGGUGCGCCUCCUCAUGCGUCGGGUACCACAUCCGGUCGCCAUCAUCACCGCAUCAGACCGGCGUGCGCUGCCGCCAGACAGCAACAAAAAGCCCAUCUUCCGAGGCAUGACCGUAUCGUCCUUCAACACGGUAACCCUCUCCCCGGAACCGGUCGUCUCAUUCAACGUGCGACGGCCGUCAGAGACGCUGAACGCGCUGCAAUCCUCGGGCCGGUUCCUGGUGCACCUGCUCGCGCCGAGCGCCGCGACGGCGAAGCUGGCCCGGGAUUUCUCGCGGGGGAAUGAGAAUCUACAACUCUACCAGAAGGGGGGGAUGGGGGAGUUUGAAUUCGGUGGUGUUAACUACGGCGACGACAACGAGGAGGAGCCCCUGCCGAUUCUCCGCCGGAAUAAUAAGAAGACUAAGAAUAAUGAGAAUAGCAAGGGAACGUUGCUUGCGCAAGAGUCAGAGUCAGAGUCAGAGUCAGUGAUCGACUUCCCCUUCAUCUUCGAAUGUAAAUACCUCCCGCAGCAAGCGAUCCAAGUCUACGACCACACGAUCGUCCUGGGAAGCGUCGUGCGAGUUAUCGAGCAGCAACACCAGCACCAACACCAACAACCGCAACCGCAACCGCAACCGCAAUCGACAACAGGGAUACAGCAGCAGAACAAGAUAAAGGAGAAAGAAGAAGGCAACGAGUUUUUCUGCCUGACGUAUGCAGAUACCCGUUUCUGGAAAAUGGGUGAUCAGAUAUGA